AUGACUUAUCAUUUUUUUAAUAAAAUUAGAAGAGUUGAUACCCGCAAUUUCAUCAUUGAGCGAGAAGGUAAGUAUUAUUGGGUAGAAGAAACCACGGAAUACAACCAAGAUGGCUCGGAGUAUACAAGUUAUGACGAAGAAGAGAUACCACCCGAAGAAUUAGAACAACGUCGAAAAAUGAUUAGACGUCAAGAAUUAAGACACGGUGGAAGUAAUGCAACCUCAUCAUCACAAGCUGCAGAAGGUCAAGUUGGAGAAGGUCAAGCUGAAGAAGGCCAAGCUGAAGUAGGUCAAGCUGAAGUAGGUCAAGCUGAAGUAGGUCAAGCUGAAGAACAAGAACAAGAACAAGAACAAGGUCAUGCGGAACAUAAUCAAGAAGAUGAAGAACAAGAAGAAGAACACGAAGAACAAGAUCAUGAAGUGACUGCAACUAACAAUAAAAAAAGAUCACAAACAAGUCAAGUCAGAUCAGAAGUCAAAAGACCAAAUUUAAAUCAUACUUCCAACAAUACUACAAAUUGA